CCCAUCAGCCAGCCCACGUGUGCGAUACGAGGAUCUACCCAGCGUGUCCCUCGCUGGACGUCCUCAAUCCAUGCUUCGUCCUGACCCUGCUCAGCCCAUGGCGAGCCAGAUUUCCGUUACGAAGCAGACUGUGACCAGUGAACGCACUGCUGGCGCCAGUCAUCGGCGCCGCAAGCAGGAUGCCAACUUCCUGUGCCCAGUACCUGGGUGUGGCAGCACGUUUACGAGGAGCUUCAAUUUGAAAGGUCAUAUGCGUUCGCACAAUGAAGAGCGACCAUUCCAGUGCAAGUGGCCGGGAUGUGGCAAAGGGUUUGCCAGGCAGCACGAUUGCAAGCGACAUGAACAGCUUCAUUCCAACUAUCGUCCUUUCACGUGCGAUGGCUGCAAUAAGACCUUUGCGCGAAUGGAUGCCCUGAACAGACAUUGUAUGUGCUGUGCCUUCUUUAUGCUCCGUUUAUCGCUCAUCGAAAUUCCUGUAGUGCGUUCUGAGGGCGGUGCUGACUGCCAGAGAAUUCUCGAUGCCACAAAGCAAGAGUCUGACCGUGGCCCUGUACCCAAGACCGAGGAAAACGGGUGGACUAGCAUGAGUAGCAUGAGCGUUAUGGUAUAAUGCUCUUCCAUCCUCGCCAUCUCGACUACGCAGCAGCCCCCGUAAUAACCGACAUGAUCUGUUUAAUCUCUAUACAUCUCACCACCAAGACUGCUUACCAUACGCCUGGGACGCUUCUGCGGUUUCUCUUGACUCAAGAUUUUGCUAUACUACCCUCUCGCUUCUCGUCUUGUCACUUAUCAUGUUAUUGA